UAUCAUAUAUCGUCACAUAUAACAUAAUAUGUAUGUACAUAAUAUAUUAUCAUCGUACUUUAUGUAUAAACGUGAUAAGGUUGAGGAAAAAGAAGUGAAAUCAUCACAAUAAUAUUACAUUGUGCGAACGGCAUAUAAACAAGCUAUCAGGUAACGAUUAACGACGCAUUCUGCAUACGACAUACGGGGACACACGGUGAUGGGCGGUAAACGGCCUUCGAAUCUUAAUGCAGUUGUUUCUCAAUACGUAUUUUUCUGGUAAAAGAAUUAAAAAUAAUAAUUAUUUGAAUCCGGUCCGAAAUGACGAAUGAGUGCGUAUCAUCGCCAUAUAUGUCUGUGGACACGUGAAUCGAGCGCACGCGACUUGCAGUGUGUUGUUGAGCGAGGAAGACGUUAGCAGUGUGUCAAUCAAGACGUCAUCGCCGUCGAGAUGACCGAAAACGACAAGCGCCCGUCGAUGGUCAUCGGAUACUGGAUGUCUGACAGAAAGAGCCAGAAACUCAAUUGGAUCGAGUUUGGAAAAGUGUGCAGGCAGCACGGAUAUGAAUUAGUAAAAUUGGAUCUGGACAAACCGUUAGAAAAUCAAGGGCCAUUUGCAGUAAUUUUACAUAAACUUACUGAAAUAAUUGCCAGAAAUGAUGAAAAGGCAAUUCAAAUCAUAGAUAGAAUUGAACGGUAUAUAAAGGAUCAUCCAAAAGUAUUAAUCAUUGAUCCAUUAGAUAGCGUUCGUACCCUGCUUGAUCGCUACAAAACAUAUAAUGUCGUGUUGAACACCACCUUGAACAAUAUUGAUGUUUUUACACCUACAUUUGUGGAAAUUCUGUCAACUAAUGUGAAAGAUAAUAUUAAAAAACUAAAAAAUGCUGGAGUUACGUUUCCAUUCAUUUGUAAGCCGUUUGUAGCUCAAGGAACAACUUAUUGUCAUCAGAUGUCUGUAAUUUUUAAUGAACGAGGUGUGGCUGAUUGUAAGCCUCCAUGUGUCGCUCAAUCAUUCAUUAAUCACAAUGCAAUUUUGUACAAAUUAUAUGUGGUUGGAGAUCAUUAUCAAAUGGUUGAGAGACCAUCAUUGAAAAAUUUUUAUGCGUCAAAUGAUGACCGAGAUACAAUUACUUUUGACAGUCACUCUGUGUCUAAAUCAGAUUCAAGUAGCGAACUUAGUGUACUCGACCCUUCAGAAAGAGCCAAAAGAUCUUCCAUAGAUCCAAUCAAAUUGCAUUCUAUUGUCAAAACUCUAGGCAGUUAUCUAAACAUGUCUCUAUAUGGUGUUGAUGUUGUUGUUGAAAAUGAUACCAAUCGGCAUGCGAUUAUCGAUAUUAAUGCCUAUCCUGGUUAUGAUGGAUUUCCAGACUUUUUUGGAAAACUUAUAGACUGUGUGAAGUCACGACGUGCUCAAUCGGUAUGCUCCAAAGCAUAUUUUGAAGACUCUGGGUUUGAUACUAGUGAUUCAAGCGAUGAAAAAAAAUCUCGCGCUAAACUAAAUUCAAUUAAUCAAUAUAAUUAAAACUGAUCAAUUAAUCUUUGCCUAAAAAUUGUAUACUUGUUUUUUAUGUAUACAUUUUUAUAUUUUGUCAAUCUGAUUUUUUUAAUCUAUUUGAUAAGUUAAAUGUAUUGUUAAUACUUCUAUGCAAUGUGCUAGUUUUCUAAGUGUUUUUAAAUUAUUGUUUUACAAUCUGAACUGUUCAUGUUGCAGAACACCAAGGUUAUAAGAAUCACGCUAAGAAUAAUUGAUAAAAAAAAUAAUAUUUUUAUACAUAUAUAUUUAUAAUAAAAUAAUACAAAUUAAGUAUGUUUUCCAGUUGAUAUAUAUUUUUCAAUCAACAUGCUGAUAUGAUGUGUUUACUCUAUGAGUAAUAUUAUCGCUUGCUGACUUUUGCAAGGUAUUUUUACAAUUUAUCAUCAAUUUUCCCUUUCUUCAUUUGUUGAUACUGGUGUUGCAAUGUGUUGUCAAUUUGACUUUGAUUAUAAUAUACUAUAAUUAUAUUAA